AUGUUACUUCUAGGAUGGUUUUCUACUAGCAAUAUGACUAAUGCCCGAAAUCAGCACAAAGCAUCAAUAUUAUCAAAUGGGAAAGUAUUAGUUACUGGUGGAUACUAUGGUAACAAUGUCGCUUUAAAUAGUUCUGAGCUGUUUGUUCCAUCGACAAGUACUUGGAUAACUACUGGUAAUAUGGCUGAUGUACGAUGGAUUCACGCAGCCUCUGUAUUGUUGAAUGGGAAAGUAUUAGUUACUGGUGGAUGGACCGGCUCUAGUGCUCUAGAUAAUGCUGAAUUAUAUGACUCAUCAACAGGCAUUUGGACGACUACUGUUACUGGUGGACUGGACAAUAAUGGGGUUGCUUUAAAUAGUGCUGAACUGUAUGAUCCAUUAACAGGCAUUUGGACAACUACUGGUAACACGGCUGAUAUACGAUAUUGGCACACAGCAUCUGUAUUAUCAAAUGGGAAAGUAUUAGUUACUGGUGGUGGAGUCUCUAGUGGUUUAAAUACUGCUGAGCUGUAUGAUCCAUCAACAGGUACUUGGACAACUACUGGUAAUAUGAAUUAUAUACGAAGUGCUCACACAGCAUCUGUAUUAACAAAUGGCCUAGUGUUAGUUACUGGUGGAUUAGACAAUAAUAGUGUUGCUCUAUAUAGUGCUGAGGUGUUUGAUUCAUCAACAGGUACGUGGACAGCUACUGGCAACAUGAUUGAUGCACGAUAUCUUCAUACAGCAUCUAUAUUAUCAAAUGGAAAAAUAUUAGUUACUGGUGGGUUAGGCAAUGGUUAUUUAAAUAGUGCUGAGUUGUAUGAUCCAUCAACGGGUACUUGGACAACUACUAAUAACAUGAAUAAUGCACGAGCUUAUCACACAGCAUCUGUAUUAUCAAAUGGAUUAGUAUUAAUUGCCGGUGGAGGGAAUAAUAACGGUGCCUUAAAUAGUGCAGAAUUAUAUUAA